CUUCUAAGCUUACCAACCGCCCUCUCCACAACCCCAUCUAGCGCUACACCUCCAGUUAGAAACUCAAACCACAUUUUCAAUGUGAUUCACGACUCAAUGCGCCAGUGGGGAUCAUCCCUUCACCACAACGGCGUCUCCUUUUUCCUUGCCUCUGUUCCUGUCGGCACGUACUUGUACCACGGAACGCCCGAGGCAGUGCCUGUCAAUGGGACGGAGUGGCUGGCGUUUGAGCCGGAGCAUGCUUUGGUCUUUGCGCGGCCGCGGUGGGGGCCCGGGCCGCCGCCGGUGGGCCAUGGGGAGUUGCGGAGACGGGACGGGAAAUAUGAUAUCCUGUCCAGGCAGCCUGCGGUGGCAUUCGAUGGACGUGAAAAUGAAAAUGAAGAUGAAGACAAGGGAUACUUGCAUACAUACGCCGCAGGGAAAGAUCUGCGCCUUUUGUAUAUCGAUGGCAUGUCAGCUGCGAAAACAGACAAGGGCACGCUCGAUUCCCAGGAUGCGGUUUUAUUCAAUGGGUUAUUUGGUGACCAGCCCGGGUGGAUGGGACUCGAUGCCGAGCGCGCUAGAUUGGCAUGUGAAAUAGCGGAGAAUGAAUGGCAGGGGAGGAUUGAUGGGUUGUUGCGCAUGGAGGCUGGGUUUGAGAUCAUUUUGUGUGACUUUGAGCGAGAUCUCGUUCCGGUGAGGAUUACGCACGCGAAAGUGCCCCAGGUACCUCAGUCGUAUAUUGGGGGAGAUGGUCGACGUGGACGUUCACCUCACGUCGAGUCUGUGAAGAGUCCCAAUUCUUCGCGUUGGAUGCGCGCUGUUGCGGCACGCUACCAUGGGAUCGGUGGAAACCGUGUGUCUUUGAAUUUCGAACACUUCGUCACGGCCUUUUCGCACAAUGUAGACCUCUUCCAACAUAACGCAACUCUGCCUCGGCUCGCUUAUCUCUCCGAUGAAGAGCGGAACACCGUCCGGGGUGAGAUAACCGGGAUGAUAAUGACUCACCACUCAGCGGAAGUCAACCACGACUGGCAAAUGAUCACAGAUAUGAUCGUUCAGCGGUACAGCAAUGAGCUGGCGUAUUUCAGCUCCGGUGACAUCGACUCAAUCGUGGAUCUGCACUCCGAGAUCGAGCGUGUUCUGUCUCCGUUCAUUGACUACAGCGCCCGGGACGACGUAUCUGAGAUCGAGCGCUGUGCGACGCAGUUCUUGCCGGCCUGGCCAAGUGAGAACCGAAGUGUUGCAGCUCGCGCUGUUUGCAGUGUUGCGAGCAGAAUCUGUUCUGAUUUAGCGCUCGCAGCGAAAGAGCACGAUCUCGAUAUGGCUGUUGCGGUUAUACGGAAGCUUGUUCGACACCUUGAUUGGACGACGUGGAAGGAAUGUCGCGGAUGUGCGGUGAAUGAAAUUUGCGUGGUGCCUAUUUGGCCCAUGGGGACAGUUCAGGAUUAUGAGACGCCGGAGUGUAGGGAUGCUUCUGAUCCUUAUGGGAAAGAUGGGGAGAGUUAUUGGCACGCGCCACAUUACUGA